UGGAGGGAGUGGAGGAAGGGAAGGAGGUUUGGUUGCAUGCGCGGUGGCCAGGGGAGGAGGGACUCACCUUGGGACUGGUGUUCUUCGGUGUCUGGCGGUGGCGGCGUGAGCAAGGUUCUGGAACGACCAGUGGUGGCUCGGACGACAACGACGAGGCAUCCGCAGAGGCCAGGCGGCAACACCACCACCACCACCACUGCCUCCACCACAGCAGCACCGACCGCGCGGCCCUUCAGUAGUGGCCGAGACGUCGGCGAGUGUGGACGGUUAGUGACGCGAUCGCCCUGUGACGACUCGACCCACUGACUCGCUCGCAUCGCGCACUGCCAGUCAUUCCCCUUGGGCUCACUCACGCCUCCUCUCCCGCGCGUCCUCAUGGCAGAAGUGACGCCUCGUUCUCGGGUCUGGCGGCGUAUGACCUGUGCCUCGAUCACUCUUUCAGGAUAAUUUCUUACCCCCGACGGGAACUCCUUCACUCCUUCCUUGGCGCCUCCUUCGGGGAAAAAGACUUGUCAAAAUCCGCGUAUUAAGUAUCGAGAGAGGCGACUUGCGUACCGAAGGGAGCCACUCUUUCCAAUCAAGCACUUAGCCAACGAGAGAAAGAUUUAUGACCUCCGCCUUGCUCUACCCUUCCUGUACCCCAGCCACCCACAGCCAGACGGAACGCAGCCCUGGGUGACUCCGGGGCGUGGGAGUCACCAUGGAGAGGCUGGCUGCUUCUCAACUGCCUCCGUGGUGAGUGUGGAAAGUGAGAGGCGACAAAAAAGGUGGAGAGAGAAGAAGGAAGCAAGGCGAUGGGUGGCAGUGAGGUAAGGUGUUGAUAUCUCACUCCCCACCGACCCCCAGCGCAGUACUCCCCACGUGGACACCCAAACCUCAACACCCCCGAACACUGAGCUGCCGUAAGGGACAUAACUGCUCUUCGGUGACAGGUGUGUGCAGGUGUGCUGGUGGUACAGUACCCAGGUGUCCCAGGUGUGUUUGUGCCAUUGUGCUUCAUGUGACGCUUUACAAAGGAGGAAGAAAAACACACUUUACACUGAACAGAAAGGACUAACUUAUGACCUUUCCCUUCGUCGUGUUCCAAAAACGGACAGUAAUUCCCGGUUUCACCUGCUGCGGGUGUCAAAACAAGAGACAAUCGACUUGAGCUUAAAUAUAGACUCGCCCCCACACAAGGUCAUAAUAUUCUCCCACUGAAAAUAAACUCUGAAUACAUUGACUGCUGGCGAACUUGCGCGUGCGUGACUCAGUGAUCUUUAGCACUUGCACUUGCCAGGAACUCAAGGGUCGCUCGUGCCUGACGGAGGAACAGAAACAAGGGAUCACUAAGCUGUGUUGACUUGAUCCACCUUCUACCGCCUCAUUUCUCCCGGCCUGCUUUCCUUCACUCCUCAAGUUUGGACUUAUGGCUGAGUGAGAGGCCGUGCAGGAAGCUACUCCCUCACCCUCACCCUCACCUCUUCCUUCUCUCUCCCUCCCUCACCCAAUCAUGAGAAGCCUGGCCUCCCUCCACUCGCUGCUCGCUCUCUCCGCUCUGGUCGUUGUCGUGACUGGAGCGGAGGUGGCGACGGACGACUCCACCGCACCUGAAGAUGACCCUGAUAGCGGCUGGUCUUCCUGGUCUGAUUGGUCUUUGUGUUCGAGGACUUGUGACGGAGGCGCCGCUGUGCAAACCCGCCGAUGUCUUCAUUACGCCGGCUGCCGAGGAGACUCCGUGAGGUACAAGUUAUGCAAUGUAGAGCCGUGCCCUGAAGGAAGCCGGGACUUUAGGGCCGUGCAGUGCUCUGAGUACGACGGGCUGCCCCACAACGGUGCCUCCUACGAGUGGGAGCCUGCGGAGGGGAACGACCCGUGUGCCCUGACCUGCCGCGCUAAGGGAGGAGGACCUGUAGUGACUCUGAACCCACGAGUGCAGGAUGGGACUCGCUGCACUCCGGGAUCCCUUGACCUGUGCAUUAAUGGAAGGUGUCAGAAAGUUGGCUGCGACCUCGUUUUGGGUUCACAGCGGGAGGUGGACAAGUGCGGCGUGUGCGGGGGCGACGGGAGCUCCUGCAACAAGCCUUCCUACAACUGGAACAAGCGUGCUAGUGGCUCCUGCUCGGCGUCCUGCGGUGGAGGCUAUCAGAUGCUGUCAGCGGUGUGUGAGGAGGAGAGCAGCGGCAGGCGGGUGUCAGAGGACCUGUGUGACCCCUCCUCCAGACCCGUGCCCGCCAUCCUCACCUGCAACCCACACGCCUGCCCUACCACGUGGCAGACGGGGGAGUGGGGCACCUGCUCAGUGUCCUGCGGCUCCGGCGGGUACCAGCUGCGUGAGGUGUUCUGUGCUGAGCCGAGGAACACGUCAGUAGUGCGCGUCGCCGACCACAACUGCGCCCCGCCCCGCCCACGCCACCGCCGCGGCUGUAACCCCCAUAAGUGCCCGAGAUGGUACGACGGCAUCUGGUCCGAGUGUUCGACAACGUGUGGUGACGGCGUGCAGACAAGAGUAGUCCUGUGCCGUGAUGCCGAGGGGCGCUCCUCCCAGCAGUGCGAGGACGCCCUACGCCCCACCAACACCCGCCCCUGCCGCAUCGGAGUAGCCUGUCCCCUGCCCUCUACACUGGCGCACCCCAGACACCAGCCCUACACACCCCCAUGGUGGCCGGAAGAGCAGGACGCCCUGGCCAGCGAGGAAGGGCCGGCGCCGCUCCUGCCUCGCCCACAGGCCUUCCUCGGAGGUCAGCAAGUGCCCUCAGAACCUACGUUCAUAAAUGGAAACUGGAGCUCUUGCAGCGUCACGUGCGGGGAGGGCGUCAGAACACGCUCCGUCACGUGCAAAAUCUUCCUGGAAUUCUCCCGUACCGUCGCUGAACUCCCGAAGAAACAGUGUCCCGGAGUGCGGCCGCCAGACACCCAGCGAUGCGUCAUGCCGCCCUGCCCAGACGCCAUGACCAGACAUGAAUCUCCUGACGGCGAGGUGAGCGACGCGGCACAUCACCGUCCUGUCAUCAAGCUGGAGGACGAAGACGAGGACAUGGACGAAAGUUCAAGCAGGGACAGGAGGAUCCAUGAGACGCCCUUCCUCCCACGCUUGGUCAAUGAAGACGAGGAGGAUAUGGAUGGAGCUCUGAAAACACCUAAGUCGAAGUCAUCAAAUCUAGAUACAGAAGUGCCACAAGCGCAAGCCUACAACGACCCACACCCGGGGCUGCACUCCUAUGAAGCCCCCGGUGAUACCAAGCCUCGUGGAGAUCCUGUUCUGCUCUACCCUGGCGAGUACACAUCCAUCGAUCUGUUUGACUCCUUGGAAGUCCCCCACGGCAGCAAGAGCUACUCGGCGACUCCUCAGCACAAGGAUAUGAAUUCAAUAGAGAUCGACGUGAGGAGGAGGAACGAGGAAUACCCAGGCUAUUACCACGUGACGGAUGAGGACGACGCCGGACCACACACCUACAAAUGGACUACCCUUGGCUUCGGUCUCUGCAGCGCUUCAUGUCUAGGCGGAGUACAAGAGUCAGUGGUUAAGUGUAUCAGAACUUCAGACAAAAAGAUCGUGCAGCCUCAGCUCUGUGACUCCCAGGUACGGCCAGAUGUCAUAACACGCACAUGCAACGACCAGCCUUGCCCUCCACGCUGGAACAUCUCUGAAUUCGGGCCGUGCAACAAGCCCUGCGGUGGAGGCAUACAGAGAAGGGACGUGAAGUGCAUUCAUGAAGUGACUCGAGGAGGAACUAACACUGUCGAGGUGCCAGACAGCUUGUGCCCACAGCCGCCCCACCGCGCCAUCCAGCACUGCAACUAUGUGGACUGCCUGCCAGAGUGGGUGGCCGGAAGCUGGUCCAACUGCUCUGCUUCAUGUGGUGGCGGCGUGAAGACCCGAACGCUUCAGUGUCAGCAGAUCAGGGCGCAGGGGCAGUCUGAGGAGCGGCCCGCAGAGGAGUGUCCCAGCGUGAAGCCGCGCAUCGUCAGGAAGUGCAAUCAGAGAGCCUGUCGCAUGGGGCGAGGAAACGCGAAAAAGGCAGUUAUCAAGUCACAGGAUUAUCAGGAUUUUGUUCAGAGCAAUCUGUCCAACAAGCUCACUCUGAAGGUUGGUGGCAAGGCGGCGGUGUUCAGGGGCGUCAAGCUGAAGGUGAAGUGCCCGGUCCGGAACUUCAACCGGUCCCUCAUCUCGUGGUGGCGUCACGGGCGGCGGGUGGGCAAGAGGGGUCCCAUCAGAACUACGCCGCGAGGGGUCCUCAAGAUCAGAGAAGUGCGCUUCCCCGACGCCGGAGUGUAUGUGUGCCAAGCCGGGGACUUGGAGGCCAACAUAACUCUUGUAGUCAAGCCAACAUCUCAAGCCAACGAGUCUUCAGGAGGCCAGUUUCCCUCCCACGGCAGGUCUCCCAACGAGGUUAGCCCUGGCAGGCAGUUUGUCAGGGGCUCUGCACACAGCUCUGCAGCAGAGUGGCCGGUGAGGAAGACCAAGUCUAACAAGGGAUCCCGAGGCAGGAGACGCAAGGGUCGGCGCCGGAACAAGGGCACCAAGGGUAAAGGACACAGAGGCUCCCAGGGACAGGGUAGCAUAGAGUCUGAGACAGCCCACCAGGAUGCCAUGCCCCCACACAGCCAACUGGAGCCAUUCAGAGAGGGACCAUUCAAGGCCUCCAGCAAAAACAUGCAUACUGUAGAGGUGAGCAGCAGUGAGGCAACUAACACAUAUGAUACCCCCUUGUGGCGCUCCACCACCAAGCAGGACUACGUGUAUGGCACCGUCAACCACGGCUGGCCUCUCACUGGCCGGCCACACCACAGCUCCACCGCCAAGGGCACCAGAGAGGAAAGGCCUCCUGUGUAUGGGACUGUCAAUCUCCACAGUAAUACUUCACGGAUCACCAGCGAGGAGAACCAAAUAGUGUAUGGCACGGUUCGGCACAACAUGCUGCCGGGAACGGAGCACUCUAGGAGAAGAAAAUGGGAUGAGGGGACACACAUCUUCGAGGGAAAUUCUAAUUAUCUUGAAAAGGACUCGGAUAUUUACCCUGACUACACAAGGCCAGAGUCAUCCGAGCACCACCCUCCCUCCUCCUCCUGGUCACGUCCCAGGCUGGGAUCUCAGUCCCACUUCAGCCAUGGUGACACCCAGAGCCCUGGUCACGACACAGACCGAAGACCCAAUCCUACCUCCGAUAGUACUCCCACUGUGCACUCCACCUCUACCACUUCCACUACCACCACCACCUCCACCACCCCGGACCACCACGGUCAUCAGCACCACAACCACCACAACCACCACCACCACCACAACAACCACCAUCUCCACCGCAUCCCCACUGGCACCCCUCAAAGGCGCCAUGAAGUCUCCCUUUCCCUGACCCCAGCACCCCCCAACACCAGCUCCGGAGGUUCCCGCACUGUUCCUCCCUUCCAGAAGCUUCUUUCCAACUUGGAGAGCUUCCUCCCGGCCUCCCUUCAGGGCACCAUCAGUUCCCGGGGUGCCAGACACAUGGACUCACCCAUGGACGAGUUCAACAACAGGAUGUCGUCUCACGGGUUUGUGCAGGAUGACAACACAACACGGGACCCACAUGGCAAAGGAGACAUUCUGGGCAAAGGAACAAGAGACUCACUGGAGUUUGAGUGGCAGAUGACUAAUUGGUCUGAGUGUUCUCAGACUUGUGGCUUCACCAGCAGCAGCAGUGGCUACCAGGUGAGGUCCAUCCAGUGCCUUGCCAGAGUGAAGAAUGUGACAUCACCAGUGGAUGGUGCUCUCUGUGUGGAUGCUGGCCUGGAGGCACCAGUCACCAUUCAGCGGUGUGGCUUUACAGAAUGCCCUCAGUGGCACUUUGGGGAGUGGUCAGAGUGUGAAUCUUCUCGCUGCUUCACUCUUCACUAUGCCUACCAGCGGCGGGAGGUGGUGUGUAAGCUUCACAAUGGUACCAUUGUUAGCAACCUGCAGUGUGACAACCGGACGCGGCCUCGGCACCGACAGGAGUGCUACAACUACCAGUGUUCAGGAGUGUGGCGUGUUGGUGACUGGUCAGAGUGCACCGCCCCGUGUGGAGGGCAGGGAUAUCGCACACGUCUUCUCCAGUGUGUGUGGAAUGGGACCAAGAAAGCUGCUGGGAAUGCCUGUAGAGAACUACCACGUCCUGAGGUGGUCCGCUGGUGCAAUGGUGACCCCUGCCCAGACCUCAGUGAAGACGACAGCCAGGAAGUGAAGGGUUGUCGCGAUCGAAGCAAAUACUGCAACAUUGUGAAGAGGAUGAACAUGUGUCGCAUCCAGAGUUACCAACGGCAGUGUUGUCGGUCCUGUCCUCCCUAGCACACUCCUUCUGCUUCUCCGUCCCUGAGUGGCAGUACUGGCAAGGCAACCCCUACCUCUGCAGUACCCACCAGCCAGGGCACCCCAAGCACCACGCCCCAGCCCUGCGCCCCACGGCCAACGCCAGAACGGGGCCAAUUCAUCCACUUUACUCUGGGGAUAAGCGAAUGUUGAGUGAGUUUCAAGCCAGAAAUGGUAUCAUGAGAAAAACAAACAAAAAAAAAAAAAGGCAGUGUUGAAUGGCUAUCAUUUAGCUUUAAUGAUGUUAAUUCCUUUACAAAGGAUGAUGGAACAGUGAUUAAUGUGACCUUAGCUUUAAUGAUGUUAAUUCUUUAUUAUAGUGUACUGGAUUACAGAAGUUAUUUGACUUAGCUUUAAUGUUAACGCUGGCUAAUGAUUCUGAACAGUGAGGUGCUAUAAGACUCAUUAUGCCUCCAUGUGUCACCAUAAAUAGUAGAUGCAAGUUGACCAUGGCUUGACAAAGAGAAAGCAGCAUUUAUAGAUAAGUGAAUGGUACAUUAUAGGAGGAGAGGAUUUGGUGGGCGUUUCUUUUGAAGUACCUUUUAUGAUGUGGAAGUGCACUGUGUAAAUAUAAUUUAAAUACGUACAUCAAUUGGUAGAAAUAAGGAAGCAACAACAGGAGGCAAUCAUCUCUGUCCAGUAGCUAUAUAGGGUUGUUGUGUACAUGACCUAGGUUUAAUACUAGUUUAAUAUAUUUUUUAAAUUUUAUAUUUAAAACCUUAAAAAGGAAAAUAAGGACUUGACAAUUACAUUUUGCAUAAUACUAAAAAAUCUGAAUGCUAUAGACAUUAAUAAUCAUUAUCUUGAAGUACAGAGAAGUACUAUUUCAUUAUUUGAUGUAAAAAUAAUCAACAUUCUCUUGAAGUACAUAAAAGUACUAUUUCAUUAUUUGAUGUAAAAGCUAAAUUUUGUUUUAAUGACUGGCUUACUAAGACAACAAGACAUGCAGUAGUACCUUGUGCAGGAAGCCCAGUGUUCUUGUCACACCUGCCUGCCAAGGUUGACUUGCAGGUGGCAGAGUGGACUGAGCUGGAUUUGUGACCAAAAUAACACUUCAUGGAUCUCAGCUGAAAGAAAUGGAAAAAGACAAAUUAAAACAAAAUACUAUAUAUUAAAGCAUGUGAUAUUUUUGUCCUUUUCAAUAAUCUCUAAUGACAAAAUUGUAUUCUUGUUUUCCAUCAAAUAAAUUGUGGGUCCAAGUGUUAGAACCAAAUUUGGUGCAUUAAAUAAAGUACUACUGGCCGAGAUACACAUUUCAGGAGAUUGUAUUUGAUGGUGGUUCUUGAAAAAUGUGACUUCUGCGAGGAUAGGUCAAGUGCACUUAAAUAAAAGUUUAACAUUGUA